UGUUGAACCUGACUCUGAUCGACCUCCCGGGUAUCACCAAAGUGCCGGUGGGGGACCAACCGCAGGACAUCGAGUACCAGAUCAAAGACAUGAUCCUGCAGUUCAUCAGCAGGGAGAGCAGCUUGAUCCUCGCUGUCACGCCGGCAAACAUGGAUCUGGCCAACUCGGACGCGCUCAAGAUGGCAAAAGAAGUUGAUCCUCAAGGCUUGCGGACGAUUGGAGUCAUCACCAAGCUGGAUCUGAUGGAUGAAGGCACAGAUGCCAGAGACGUGCUGGAGAACAAGCUGCUUCCUUUACGAAGAGGCUACAUCGGCGUCGUUAACCGAAGCCAGAAGGACAUCGAUGGUAAGAAGGACAUCAGGGCAGCGCUGGCAGCCGAGCGGAAGUUCUUCCUUUCUCACCCGGCUUACCGGCACAUGGCCGAUCGGAUGGGCACCCCGCAUUUGCAGAAAGUCCUUAACCAGCAACUGACCAACCACAUUCGGGAGACGCUGCCUUCGCUGCGCAGCAAACUUCAGAGUCAGCUGCUCUCCCUGGAGAAGGAGGUUGAGGAGUACAAGAACUUCCGCCCCGAUGACCCCACACGAAAAACCAAAGCUUUGUUACAAAUGGUCCAGCAGUUCGGUGUGGACUUUGAGAAACGAAUCGAAGGUUCAGGAGACCAGGUGGACACGCUCGAACUCUCCGGCGGUGCCAGAAUCAAUCGCAUUUUCCACGAGAGAUUUCCUUUCGAGCUAGUGAAGAUGGAGUUUGACGAGAAGGACUUGAGGCGAGAAAUAAGCUAUGCAAUUAAAAACAUCCACGGUGUGAGGACGGGGCUCUUCACGCCCGACAUGGCCUUUGAAGCCAUAGUGAAAAAACAGAUUGUAAAGCUUAAAGAGCCCAGUUUGAAGUGUGUUGAUCUGGUGGUCUCAGAGCUGGCCACGGUCAUUAAAAAGUGUGCCGAAAAGCUUGGUUCCUACCCCAGGUUACGAGAGGAGACGGAGAGGAUCGUUACCACUCACAUCAGGGAACGGGAAGGCAAAACGAAGGACCAGAUCCUCCUACUGAUCGACAUUGAGCUCUCUUACAUCAACACUAACCACGAAGACUUCAUUGGAUUUGCCAACGCGCAGCAAAGGAACACCCAGACGAACAAGAAAAGAGCCAUCCCGAAUCAGGGUGAGAUACUGGUGAUCCGCAGAGGCUGGCUGACCAUCAACAACAUCAGCAUCAUGAAGGGAGGCUCCAAGGAGUACUGGUUUGUGCUGACGGCCGAGUCGUUGUCCUGGUACAAGGACGAGGAG